AUGAGUCGUCACGAGCCUGGCUUUGUGUUCGACUUGACUAUGUUCCGCAACCGGCUUGACGACCACUUGCAAGCGCUGUCCAAAACAGACAAUGCAUUAGCCAUCAACGACAACGGCGUGGUCUUCCGUGAACAUGUUACCUCUUGGGCUGUCUUUGUGGAGAAUGGAUACAUUGGUCUUGCACCCCUGGCGCGCGCCAUUCACCCUAAGAAGAAGCCUGUCGGUGGUGUGUUAGACCGACAUGACAUGGACAGAAACAAGGAAGUGUCGUCUGACCGCGUUGUCGUCGAGAACUUCUUUGGUCGUGUGACAUCCCUUUGGAAGAUCUCCUAUGCCACGUUCGUGUGGGGUGAAAAGCUCUACGAUGACAUUCAACGACUUACCUUUGCGCUGACCAAUUUCCACGUGACGUUGUUGCCGCUGCGCGUCGAGGACAAUGACCACUAUCGCGCUGUCAUGGCUCGCUACAAGAACAUGGCAGCUGAGAAUGCAUCAAAGCGAGCUGCAUCUCAGCGCCGGUACCUUCAGCGUCGCGCAGAACGAUUCGCGACUGAGACUGCUCGCGCGAACCGUACCGCUCGUGGUGCUUUCUUGUCUCCCAUGGCUAGUGGUCGUCGCUGA